UUUAUAAUCUCUUGUAAGAGUGCGCUUGGUAUUUGAUUUUAGUUACUCAUGUCAAAUACCGCGACAUUAUAUAAAAAUUGCCGCGAUUGAAGAAUCAUUAUACACUAUUGUAUUCAAAAUGUCUGAAUGUCCUGCAAAGCGUGCCCGAACAGAUUUGACAUUAGAUGUCAAGCGGCAACUUAUAGCAGAUUUCGAGAAAGUUCCACGACCUGCGCAGAAGGAUUUAGCCGUUAAGUAUUCAAUUGGCCGAGCUACAGUGUCAGACAUAUUAAAGCGUAAAGAUGAAUUUAAACAGAAGUUUGCCGAUAAUUUAAACUGCAGUAAGAAACGAUUUUAUACCAACUCAAAAUUUGAAGACGUCAACAGAAUGACACGUGAGUGGUUUGUACGCGCCAGAAGUAAAAACAUUCCAAUAUCAGGUCAAAUAAUUAAGAGUAAAGCCAACGUAAAUAUUAAAUUUUUGCCACCAAAUACUACAUCAAUAUUACAACCACUAGAUCAGGGUAUAAUCAGAGCAUUUAAAGCACGAUACAGACAUCAUAUGAUGACACAUUUGAUUACGCGAAUAGAUGAAUGUAAUCAAUAA